AUGGAUACCAGUGAAUUUCAUGAGAAUGAUGAUGAUAAUGAGGACGAGGAGGAGGAGGAGGAGGACAACAACAUGGAGAACUUCUAUGAUGCUUUGAUCAAUGAUGAACUACGCGUGGAGGAGGACCUACUUCAUGCUAAGGAGGCUGAAUUCCUAGCUGCUCUGGCCCCUCCCCCUGUAAGUGAAGGGCCAACUAUUUUAGCCGAAGUGCCUAGCUCUUCGGGGCUUCAUGAGGCUCUAGGAGGUUCUUCUAGGGAUCUUGCUGCGCAGAUCCCCCCUGAUCCUGCUUCCACUAUUCCGUCUCCCGCAGCUAUUGCUGUCUCCUCAUCUGCCUCUAUUCCUCUUAUUGAGCUUACAUCCCCUGAGGAAGAACAACGGGCAGAGGCUGCCUCACUUGCCGAAGAGGAAGAAGAAGAGCCUUUUUUUACCUUAGUUCAGAAGCCAAAUCUUACUAAGACUUCUCCUUUUAGCGACUUCUUUGGUACUUUUGUGCAAACUCCUCUUAUCCCAGCAUCCAUCUCUCUUGAGAGAGCUUCCCCGAUUUCUGCUCCUGAGAAGGAUGAUAUUCCUCCUGCAUUUUCUGCUCCUUUGGCAUUGGCCUUGCCCCCCUUGGCCUCUAGGUCUCGAGGUAAAUGGACGCCUUGUCGGAGAUCUUCCCCAAAUAUUAGUCCUUCAGCUGUUGAAUCCCCCUCCCCUGUCUUACCAUCGAUUCCAUCUACUUCUUUUUCUGCUCCUCUUGUUUCUGCUUUUCCUCCUAUUGCGUCUUCUUCUUCUUCUUUACCUCCUGUGUCCUCCAUUCCCUGA